CAGAAAUUGAAGCGCAUCUUGAUGACGCAUUUCCGUUUCCGAUGUAAACAAAUCAGCCAACAUGGCGGUUAACACGAACCGAGGAUGAACUUCUUCCUCCUUUUGCCGUCAUAAAAGACUUCAAAGUGAAGAAAUGGAUCACAUAAGCAACGAAGCGAGUGUAAUUCGCUAUUUUUGCACGGCUGGUUCCGGGAUGGAGCAGUUUGUAGUCGACGAGGUGACGCGGAAACUGGCGGCUCAGGACAUUGAGCGCUUGCAAGGUAAAGUGUUGUUCAGCACCUCUGCACACAUCACCCGAGUGAAGGCGCUCAAGUCGGCGGAGAGGCUCUUCCUUUUACUGAAGCGAGACUCUCCUCUCAAGCUGUCCGCUCACGCCAACCCAGCCAGAGUCGCCUCUGUGCUGCAGUCCACGCUGUUGGGGCACCGACAAGAGUGGACCGGUGCUGUAAUGACGUGGAGGCGCCUGCAGGGGGUGGUAGCAGACAGGAAGGAGGCGAGCGAGGGUGAGGAGCUGAGGGGAGAGGAGGAAGAAAAUGCAGGUGACUUCCAAAUAAUGAAGAAAAGGAGAAAGAUGGACUGUGGAGAUGACUUUACUCUGGGAAAAUGUGGCCGGGAUACAACAGCGCCGCAAGCUAACCAGCAUUCUGUCCCACUUUCCUUCCGGAUCAGCUGCAAGUGUUCCGGGUCUCUGUCCCGCUGUCUGAGUGUUUGGGAGGUGAGCAAAGUGUUGGGAGGCAGUCUGAGUGGAAAGUUGGGCUGGAAGGUUGACUUGAGGAACCCUCACAUUGAGAUUACCGUAUACUUGAGAGAUGACUAUUGUCUGCUCGGGAUACCGCUAACCAGGUUACCUCUCGCUCAUCGGUGCUACAUCAAAACGACAGGACUGAGGUCCACAGUUGCCUGGGCUAUGGCCGAACUGGCUCAGAUUCAGUCAGGUUUCGUUGUGCUCGAUCCAAUGUGCGGAGUAGGAACCAUCUUAAUCGAAGCAGCGCAGGAUCACAAGCUGGCUUAUUUCCUGGGUUUGGAUCUCGAUGACGGACAGCUGCACAAAGCCAGUGAGAAUGUUGCGUUCGCGGAGCUGGGAGACAGGAUACACCUCAUAAAAGCUUCAUCUACUGAUAUGCCUCUCGCGAGUGCGAGCGUGGACGCGGUGGUCUGUGACCUGCCAUUCGGGAGGAAGUUUGGCACCAAAACCGGCACGGCUGCCGGUCUGCCGCUCAUCCUCGCCGAGAUGGAGAGAGUCCUCCGAGUCGGUGGAAGCUUGGUGCUCCUCCUGAGUCCUCAGCUGUCGUUUGUCCUGAAAAAAAUCCUCGCGCGCAACGACCCUGGGCAGCCGAACCAGGAAGGCGUUCCGGAUCAGGGGGUCACGCCAACUCUUACCCAGGGAACAGAGCCUCCGACGGGGCCGACGACCGAGCCGUGUCCCCCUCUCGCCUCUCUGAAACACGUGGCCACUCGAAGACUCACUUUGGGUGCCAUAGAUGGACUUCUACAUAAAUAUAUAAAAACUCACACUUAAUCUAUCUGUCCUGGACAUUUUCUUUUACUGCUACUUUUUUUUUUAAUUAAAAGUAAUACAAAAGUGUUAA